AUGGACUCGAGUUCAGCGGUCAAGCGCCAAGAUAUGUUUGCAGGGCUUGAUCGUUUCAAGCCUCUUCCCGACCUCCGCACCCACGCAGACGACUGGACUGGUGUGACUUCGAGGCACGAGAGAAAGCGGAGACAGAAUAGGCUCAAUCAAAGAGCAUGGCGUCGGAGAAAGGCUACUCAGGAUAUAUCGGAUGGACAGACUGCUACAGCAGCAUCUACUCGCACUUCUCAUGAUGAUUCGGUGGUGUUGAGAGACACUUGCUCUUCAAUGCUUUCUGGAGCACUGGCAAUUGGCGACGGUAUCUUACUCAUACCCGAUACAUGUGAGGCGGAGAGACUUCGAAACUUGAUACAGCAGUCUCUCGAGGACUAUUCACUACAAACCCUGCGCCCAUCCAACUUACACAUAAUCAUCCGCCUAAAUGUUCUGAACGCCAUAGCCGAUAACGCCACUGCAAUCGGGUUUCCGAAAGAAAGUCUAUGCCGCGACGAGUUCAUAUCACCCUUCUGCCAGAUCGGCCCAAUCCAAAUACCCUCCCUUAGCUGUCCCACGAGCCUUCAACCCACGUCGCUGCAGCGGUCGACGGCGCAUCAUCCCUGGAUAGACCUGUUCCCUUUCCCAAAGUUCCGCGACAAUGUUCUUUGUGGUAUGCAAAAAGGACUGUUUGAUGAUGAUGAGCUGUGCGGUGAUCUGUUGGGCGUUGAAGGCGCGGGAGUGGGAGAGCAGCCGUCGCUUUUGGUAUGGACUGUCGCCUGGGACGCAAAAGGCUGGGAAGUCAAUGCGGCGUUUGUGAGGAAAUGGGGGAGCUUGAUUGAAGAUUGUCCUGAGAUCAUGGAAUCGACGAAUUAUUGGCGGAGAAAGAGGGGACAACCUGCGCUGACAUUUGAUGUUGAUCCUGGGACGGGUCCGUGA